UGUACAAUAAACACUUUGAUGGUUGAAUCACUGGAAUUAAUUUUCAGGCUUAUCGUGAACGUCGUUAAUCAGGGCGAAAUUAACAGCCUAAAAAACUUAGCAAAAUUGUUUGCGCAACUUUUAUCUUCAAAUUCAAUUUCUUGGAAUGUAUUUUCAGCAGUACGCAUGGCUGACAUUGGAAAUUCUUACAGUGGUGAAGCAUAUUUUACGGAACUGUUCAAAAGUUUGAUUCUUCUUAUGGGACGCGAUGCUGUAAAAGAACGUAUUUUGGAUCCUUCUCUACAACAAUCGUUCGCUGGUUUAUUUCCGUUAAAUGAUGGAGAAUAUUAUAAUUAUUCAUACUGCCAUUUUUUUUUCGCGGAGAUCGAUUUGUAUGACGUGAUUGCUCCAUUUGAAGAAUCGUUAAGACGAGGCAUACCUGUUUAACUAUUCUUUACGACUGAAAACUUUUUCCUAUUGAUUGCAGUGACAGCAAUCCUAACAAUUACACAUUA